AUGGACGCUGGAACUGAGACUGAGGAACUUAUUAAUUUGAACAACAAAGCAAGUAACUGUGGUGGGAAUGAAAGUAAAAGUGGCGAUGGCUUUAUUGACAGAAGCAAAGUGAGGAUUUUGUUGUGUGAUAACGAUUCCAAGAGUUCUGAAGAGGUUUUUACUCUUCUUUUGAGGUGUUCUUACCAGGUUACUUCAGUAAGGUCAGCUAGGCAAGUAAUUGAUGCACUGAAUGCGGAGGGGCAAUAUAUAGACAUGAUACUAGCUGAAGUUGACCUUCCAGUAAAGAAAGGCAUGAAGUUGUUGAAGUACAUAGCAAGGGAUAAAGAAUUAUGCCGAAUCCCUGUUAUAAUGAUGUCUGCUCAAGAUGAGGUAUCCAUUGUUGUAAAGUGCUUGAGGCUUGGAGCAGCAGAUUACCUAGUAAAACCUUUACGCACAAAUGAACUAUUAAAUUUGUGGACACACAUGUGGAGAAGGAGACGCAUGCUUGGACUUGUGGAGAACAACAUCUUGAAUUAUGAGUUUGAUCUGGUAGCAUCAGAUCCAAGUGAUGCCAAUACAAACAGUACAACCUUGUUCUCUGAUGACACAGAUGACAGGUCCAAAAGAAGCACUAAUCCAGAGACAGAGUUAUCAAUUCCAAUAGAACAAGAGGCUAGUAUUGCCACUGCUGUUGCUGUUGUGGUGGAGCUUCCCAAUGGUCUUGUAUCAGAAUAUCAGCCUGAUGUGCCUGGAAUAAGUGAUCGUCGAACAGGACAUUUUUCAUCUGGUCCUAAGAAGAGUGAACUGAAGAUUGGAGAGUCAUCAGCAUUUUUCACCUAUGUCAAAGCAACAGCACUGAAGAGCAACACUGAAGAGAGUGCUCAUGUUGACACUACUACUACUACUACAGAAGUUAGGGUGGAAGAUGAAAAUCAAGCAUGUCGUGAACAGGAGGGUGAUGACCUUAAAGCAUAUGAAAAUGGAGAAAUAUUUGAAAACCACUCACCAGAUGACUUACCCAGCAGCAACAGUAUCCCUGAUUCUUUCUCUAUUGAGAGAUCUUGUACUCCACCUGCAUCUAUGGAAGUUUCGCAACAAAAGCAUUACAGGGAGGAACACUCUCAGGGAGUAGUGCAUCCAAGAAAAGGAAGCCAUGGUUCCGAGCCUGCUCAACAUGCUUAUCCAUAUUAUAUUUCAGGAGUUGUUAAUCAUGUUAUGAUGCCAUCAUCAGCACAAAUGUAUCAAAAAAACAUCCAGGACCUGCGAAAUCAUUCUGGUUCUUCUAUGAUUGCACAGUACAAUCAUCUUCCCCAAUGUCCUCCUCAUGCAAGUGGGAUGACAUCCUUCCCAUAUUAUCCAAUGAGCAUUUGCUUACAACCUGGUCAGAUUUCUACAACUCAUUCUUGGCCAUCAUUAGGAGGUUCAAGUUCAUGUGAAGUAAAAUUAAGUACGGUUGACAGGAGAGAAGCAGCAUUGAUGAAGUUUAGACAGAAAAGGAAAGAACGUUGUUUUGAUAAGAAAAUUAGGUAUGUCAACAGAAAAAGGCUUGCAGAAAGGCGGCCUCGUGUUAGGGGACAGUUUGUCAGAAAGUUGAAUGGUGUUAAUAUGGAUCUUAAUGGACAACCUGCUUCCACUGAUUAUGAAGAAGAGGAUGGAGAGGAGGAAGACAACCAUGUAGCAAGAGAUUCUUCUGCUGAGGAUGUUUGA